CCCCCAGGCACUUGCGGCCCCCGAUACAGCAACCUGACCAAAGCCGCCCCCGCCGCCGGUCCCAGGCCGGACUGCGGCGGCGCCCCAGAGCCCACGGGGCUGGACGCAGCUUGCACCAAAUUGCAAUCUUUGCAGAGACUUUUCGAACCGACUACCCCAGCCCCUCCUCUGCGGCCCCCUGACUCCCCUUCCCGUACCCCGGCCCAGUUCCCCUCCGCCAAAAAAAACUUGCUCAAAGGCCACUUUCGGAACUUCACUCUCUCCUUUUGCGACACCUACACCGUCUGGGACUUGCUGCUGGGCAUGGACCGCCCCGACAGCCUGGACUGUAGCCUGGACACCCUACUGGGAGACCUGCUGGCUGUGGUGGCCAGCCCGGGCUCCGGGGCCUGGGAGGUGUGUAGCAACUGUAUCGAAGCUUACCAGCGGCUCGACCGACAUGCUCAGGAAAAAUAUGACGAGUUCGACCUCGUGCUGCAUAAAUACUUACAGGCAGAAGAGUACUCAAUCCGGUCCUGCACGAAAGGCUGUAAGGCUGUCUACAAGGCCUGGCUGUGCUCCGAAUACUUCAGCGUGACCCAGCAGGAAUGCCAACGCUGGGUGCCCUGCAAGCAAUACUGCCUGGAGGUGCAGACCCGGUGCCCCUUUAUACUUCCCGACAAUGAGGAAAUGGUGUAUGGAGGGCUCCCUGGCUUUAUCUGUACAGGGUUGCUGGAUACUUCGCCAAAGCGACCGGAAACCAAGUGCUGUGACGUGCAGUGGGUCUCCUGUGAGUCGGAGAAGAAGAAGUUCAAGGAGUCUGAGGCCCCCAAAACCCACCACCAGCAAUUCCACCACUCCUAUUUCCACCACUACCACCAACAGUACCACCACUACCAUCCCCACCAUGACCCCCCGGGCCGCAUCAGCCACAAGCCCUCCCUGCUGCCGGUCUCCGGAGGCUCUCGCCUCAGCCCCAGCAGGAUCCGGCUCUAUGUCCUUGUUCUCAUGCUCCUCCAUACCAUGGUGUCCUUCUCUAGCAACCAGGGUGGUGGGGGCCUGGGGCUGGAGGCACUGCCUGCCCUAGAUGAGGGCCUGACUCGGGAAGAGUGACAGCAGAGAGGGAGGACGGACCUCCACCACACACUG